CAAACAAACACGAAGUAUUAAAAAUUGUCAAAAUUUGUUUAUUUUCGAAUUAAAUUUUUUUCCAUAAAAUUUACAAAUCUUUCAAAAAAUCUAAAAUUCAAAAAUGUCCGCCAAAGAAAAAUCGCCGAAAAAACCCUCACUGCGUGCCGGCUCAUCGCGACAUCAAGUGACGAUACCCAAUCAAAACGAAGCCGAUGCCAUUGCCAAAAUUCGUGCCUCUCGAUAUGUUCGCUCGUCGCGUUAUUCCCGACAUUCGAAAUUCCUGGUGAAAACCGAUGAGGAACAAUUUCAAAUACGUAAGGCCCUUAAUGCCUAUGUGCGUGAGGGCCUCCAAUUACAAGGACGUAAAACGUUCUUUCAGAGAGUUUUUGUGUUAGCCCGAAAUUUUGAACCUCCUGAAAAUGAUAAAACCAAUGGCAGGGAUUCUGUCUUUUCGGCAGCAAAGGGAGCAAGGCAGCGUGACUAUCGGGUCUUCUUUCAAAAACAAAUGGAUCGCAUUUUUACCAUGCUGGAGAAGAGGAAAUGUACCCAGGACAUAUUGUCGGGGCUGUUCGUUUGUAUGGAUUCCUAUUCGUAUUUGAUGAUUGAAGGUGACGAAGAUAUGGUGGGAGAGUUCUUUUAUGAGCUGGCGGCUGUGCAUGAUAAUUUGUGGUGUGAGUCAAAGGUCUUUAUGGUGGAGGACAAUAUUGGGGAGACCUACUUCAGCAUUUUCCACUGCCGCCGUUCGGCUGUAAUAAAUAUCAAUGAGAAAUUUCCACCUGCCACACCCGAUGAUGCCGCCAUGAUGAGUGGUCACCACCUCAAGCUAAUGGAAAAAAUCCGCCAGGUGGCCGAAACAUUUGCCAAGCAUAUCAAACAAAACGAUGACAUCGAAAUGGAAACCUCUCUCCCAGCUGAUCCCUAUAACAAACUCUUGCCCGAGGUACAGCGCAUAGAAUUGGUAUUGAAAUCGAAGAGGUUCUAUCGCAAUGUCAAAGACUUUGCCAAGACGUAUCGCCUAGUGCCCCUGCAUCAGGAUGAGGAGUCAUUGUUUUGGCCCAUCCAAGAUAACUACAUGCCGUUGAACAUCUUCGAGAGAUCGCCCUUCGAUGUGAAUUUGACUUUCAAUGACAAGGAAGCUGGAAAAGACCAACAUCGAAAACCAAAGGAGGAGGAGGACGAUGUGGAUGAUGAUGGCGAUGUUGUUGUGGAACAGUAGUUGUUGUAAAGGUGGAAAAUUGAUUUGCUGGCCAAUAAAUAACAACAAACAAGAUCACCUA